AUGUUAAAGGACAAGAGAGUAAUCAUUACUGGAGCAAGCUCUGGCAUUGGGGAGCAGAUGGCUUAUCACCUGGCUAGGAUGGGAUCCCACAUAUUAAUAACUGCUCGCACUGAAGAGAAACUCAAAAAGGUUGUAGAAAAGUGUACAAAGCUCGGAUCAGCAUCUGCUUAUUAUAUACAUGGAAGCAUGGACAACAUGACUUUUGCUAAACAAGUAGUUCAUGAAGCAGAACGUUUAUUUGGUGGACUGGACAUGCUCAUUUUGAACCACAUUGGUUUCACAUACUUUGGUUUCUUCGAUGGAGAUGUGGAUCACAUAAGGAAACUACUGGAAAUUAACUUUCUAAGUUAUGCAACUAUGACGGUGGAGGCGCUUCCAAUGCUAAAAGCAAGUGGUGGCAACAUUGUGGUGGUCUCCUCCUUUGCUGGUAAAGUUGGAUUACCUCUCACUGUGCCUUAUUCUAGCACCAAGUUUGCUCUUGAUGGUUUCUUCAGCUCACUGAGAAUGGAGUUCCACCACCAGAAAGUUAACGUCUCCAUUACAUUGUGUGUUCUCAGCUAUAUUGACACAGAUUCUGCUUUAAAUACCGUUUCACAUGUGAUUCAGCAGCCUGCUGCUCCAAAGGAGGAAUGUGCUUAUGAAAUUAUUAAAGGCGGAGCCCUGCGUCAGAGGGAAGUAUAUUACCAGUAUGUAGCCACCAAGAUCCCAAUGCUCUUAAGAGACUGGGCCCCUGAAUUUUUAGAAUAUCUUGUGCUUAAAAAACUACAACGUGGAUGCACUCAGCAAGAAGGAAUGAAAAAUGAUGAGUCAGCAAAGGAAUUAAAAAAAACACGCUAUUGCAAAAUAUGA